AUGGUGUCCAAAUGCUCUUCUAAGACCACCAUUGUCUUCAUCGUUAAAAUAGCUUCGCGAGAUCAAUAUGCCGCUGCAUUGACAACUAGCAAACCUUUUGCAAAUAUAAACCUUACCACUUACACCCCAUGGAACGCCCUCCGAGGGGGACGUCAUCCAAUCUCUUCCAUAUCUAAGAACUGGGAGUUGCAUUCUACUGCUCAAACUGAAGAUGUGAUUCUCAGUGACGAAGACAAGAAAACAUGGGAAUCUUGCAGGCAGGCGCUGUCUGCAUAUGGUUUUGGCACAGAGGAGGAAGACAAGAUUCUUGGCAAGGCAUUUGGUCAUAUUCAUUCUCCUUAUUGGGGUGAGGAGCGAAAGAAGGAAGUUCCCAAGUUCGAAGUUGUUAAUGAGAUACUAAGUUACCUAAAGGAUUUAGGCCUCACUGAUGACGAUCUUGGAAAAGUUCUCAAGAAAUUUCCGGAGGUGCUUGGAUGCAACCUGGAAAACGAACUCAAAGAAAACGUCCAGAUUCUCGAUAAUCAAUGGGGCAUUAAAGCUCUUGUAGAUUUCCCUCUUCGCCCUCCACCACAAAAGCCUAGAGACAACACAAUGCAGAUGAAGGUCAUUGGAGAUUUGUUGAAACCAGUGGUUUAUGCGGAAAUAUUCUCUCAAUAAUUCGAGUAAUUCAAACCGGAGGUACCUGAACGAAGAGAAUGAAGAUGAGAAACAAAUGUAGGAGCUUCAUCUUUAGAGUUUCUUGAUUAUGGUUACUAGCAAGCGACUCUAUUUAUAGAGAUGGAGUUGCUUUAAUGUGAUAUGAAGUAAAGGCAGGAAAAGAUAUGUAUGAAUAGAAACUGGAUCGGGAUAUAACUUAACUCGAAAUACAGAAACAAAUGAAAGAGACAAUCCUCCCAGGAGGCCAAUAAUCCUCUCACCAAGGCCUACGGUAUACACCGAUAACAAUUGAUCUUUUCUAGAUAUCUUUCUCAAAAACCUCCAUAGUUUAUAUAGGAGUUUACAAUAUACUAAUCCCACCAAACUUGCACCUAAUUGAUUCCAAUCAAUUCCCAAUUGGGGCUAUUUUAUUCCAAUUUAUUUCCUGAAAUUAUUUCA